AUGGGGCAGCCAAUGAAUGGAGUCGACCUAGAGGCUGAUGAUAAACUGCCCAUGUCGCACCUCAUUUUAUCCUCCAUUACAGAAGACAAUAGAUGUACAUCUUCGAAUGCAGCGUCCUGCACCAAGUGCCUUGCGCUGGGUCCGGAAUGUGGAUGGUGUGCUCAAGAGGAUUUCAUUUCAGGUGGAUCAAGGAAUGAACGUUGUGAUAUUAUUUCCAAUUUAAUAAGCAAAGGCUGUUCGACUGAUUCAAUAGAAUACCCAUCUGUGCAUGUAAUACCAAGGGAAAAUGAAAUUAAUACCCAGGUGACGCCAGGAGAAGUGUUGAUCCAGCUGCGUCCAGAAGCUGAAGCUAAUUUUAUGCUGAAAAUUCAUCCUCUGAAGAAAUACCCUGUGGAUCUUUAUUAUCUGGUUGAUGUCUCGGCAUCAAUGCACAAUAAUAUUGAAAAAUUAAAUUCCGUUGGAAAUGAUUUAUCUAGAAAAAUGGCAUAUUUUUCCCGUGAUUUCCGCCUUGGAUUUGGCUCCUAUGUUGAUAAAACAGUUUCACCAUACAUUAGCAUCCACCCAGAAAGGAUUCAUAAUCAAUGCAGUGACUACAAUUUAGACUGCAUGCCUCCUCAUGGAUACAUCCAUGUGCUAUCUUUGACGGAGAACAUUACUGAGUUUGAAAAAGCGGUUCACAGACAAAAGAUCUCUGGAAAUAUAGAUACACCUGAAGGAGGUUUUGAUGCCAUGCUUCAGGCCGCUGUCUGUGAGAGUCAUAUUGGAUGGCGAAAAGAAGCUAAAAGAUUGCUGCUGGUGAUGACAGAUCAGACAUCUCAUCUUGCUCUUGAUAGCAAAUUGGCAGGCAUAGUGGUGCCAAAUGACGGAAACUGCCAUCUGAAAAACAACAUCUACGUCAGAUCGACAAGCAUGAUGAUGUCUCUGCAGAAACUCAUUUCAGAAGUGAAAGUUCAGGUGGAAAACCAGGUAAAAGGCGUCUAUUUUAAUAUUACUGCCAUCUGUCCAGAUGGGACCCGAAAACCAGGCACAGACGGAUGUGGAAAUGUGACAAGCAAUGACGAAGUUCUUUUCAAUGUAACAGUUACAAUGAAAAAGUGUGACGUCACAGGAGGAAAGAGCUAUGCAAUAAUCAAACCUAUUGGUUUCAAUGAAACCACUAAAAUUCAUAUACACAGAAACUGCAGCUGUCAGUGUGAUGAUGGGAGAGCACCUAAACGAAAGUGUGUUGAUGAAGUUUUUCUAGAUGCCAAGUGUUUCCAGUGUAAUGAGAAUAAAUGUCAUUUUGAUGAAGAUCAGUUUCCUUCUGAGAGUUGCAAGUCACACAAGGAUCAACCUGUUUGCAGUGGUCGAGGAGUUUGUGUUUGUGGGAAAUGUCUGUGUCACAAAAUUAAGCUUGGAAAAGUGUAUGGUAAAUACUGUGAAAAGGAUGACUUCUCUUGUCCAUAUCACCAUGGAAAUCUGUGCGCUGGGCAUGGAGAGUGUGAAGCGGGCAGAUGCCAGUGCUUCAGUGGCUGGGAAGGGGAUCGCUGUCAGUGCCCGUCAGCCUCAGCCCAGCACUGCGUCAGUCCGAAGGGCCAAGUGUGCAGUGGAAGAGGUACGUGUGUAUGUGGCAGGUGUGAAUGCACGGAUCCCAGGAGCAUCGGCCGCUUCUGUGAACACUGCCCCACGUGUCACACAGCCUGCAGUGAAAACUGGAAUUGUGUGCAAUGCCUCCACCCUUAUAACCUGUCUCAAGCUAUACUUGAUCGUUGUAAAACCUCAUGUGCUCUCAUGGAACAGCAUUAUAUGGACCAAACAUCAGAAUGUUUCUCUAGCCCAAGCUAUUUAAGAAUAUUUUUCAUCAUCUUCAUAGUUACAUUCUUGAUUGGGUUGCUUAAAGUCCUUAUCAUUAGACAGGUGAUACUACAAUGGAAUAGUAAUAAAAUUAAGUCCUCGGCAGAUUACAGGGUGUCAGCCACAAAAAAGGACAAGUUGAUUCUGCAAAGUGUUUGCACAAGAGCAGUAACCUACCGACGUGAGAAGCCUGAAGAAAUAAAAAUGGAUAUCAGCAAAUUAAAUGCUCAUGAAACUUUCAGGUGCAACUUCUAAAAAGAUAAAAAGUACUUUAUGGGAAACUGGAUUUUUAAUAUUUGCUCCUAAAAAUAUAUAAUUUUAGAAGUCACAGGAGGAGACAAACUGUUCUAGAUCAUGCUGGUUGCUGGUUGUCCACUUGAAUGAAGACUGACAGACAUCCUCAUCAUCAUGUGACUCACACCGCUGCUGAAUUUUUCAGAGAAAAAUGUGUCUUACUACUGUUUGAGACUAGUGUCAUUGUAGCACUUUACUGUAAUAUAUAACUUAUUUCGAUCAGCAUAGAAUGUAGAUCAUCUGAAGAGCACUGAUUACACUUUACAGGUACCUGCCAUUCCUAUGCUUCCCAGAGAGAGACAAUGCUGUGUCACUACAAGGGUACAGUAAUCCCUGCACCAAACGUGUGGAUGAAAAAAAUAAAAGGCAGUUAUGCUACUGUUGCCAAGCACUUCAACCAUUGGCAGUGAAUAGACAAGAACAUCUAGAUGGAUAAAUGGUUAGUGUUUCACUUAUUCAAGAGGUUAAUAGACAAAACCUUACUUUUGAGGGAUAUUGCUUUUGAAACUGUGUAGUGUUAUGCAUGUGUUUGUUUUCUGCUUCUUACAAGAUACUAAUUUCACCAUUCUCUCUUUGCCUUUAUAUUUUUUCUUUCUUACAGGAUAAGUUUAUAUAUGUCACAAAUGACUGGAUUAAAUAAGUGCUAAGUUACUACUGCUAUAAAAACCUAAUAAUACAAUGUCACUUUAUUAGAAUACUGAUUUUAAAAGCUGAAUGUUUAAUAAGGGACACUGUAAAGUAACAUCAAAAUCGAACAGCUUCGUUGUGUGCAGAUGUGGAGUCUUACAUAUCUUCUUACCUGAUAAACUGGAUGCUUCACCAUUUCAUUUGUCUAAUCAUCAGGUUGAAGAUCACAAGGUGUUUAGAAACUCUGCCUCAAAGUGCCACAUUUUUUAGUGAGUUCUCUCAGAUAUUUACUCCAAGUAGACAUUAGCAUUUUUCUAAUUAAAAGCUAUAUUAUGCUAUAUUAUUUUCACCCCUCAGUGCAGCAUAAAGAGUUCUUUCCCUGAAUCACCUCAACCGUACUCACCAGAAUUUAAAAAUAUACAAUUGGAGGAGGAUAGACAAUAUCUUAGAAAUAAGCUAAUUCAUCCUUUUACUUAGUCAGGGAACUGAGGCUCAGAAAGUUUAAAUGAUAUCUUAAAAAACGCCCAAGUGAUUAAGUGGCAGCAUUUGAAGAGAACUUCUAUCUUCUUAUUGCCAGGUAGUGUUCAUUGCACCAUAUCAUGCUACCUCUUGAUUCUUUAAAAUAUUUGAUUGGAAGUAUUUUUGAAUGUGAUUUACUGGAGUCUUGAGUAUGACAUGAGAAAAUUUCAAAGCAAAGCAGAAAAGAGUAACUCAAACUGAAUUCCAUGACUGGCUUCCAUUCUUUCCUGCUAAUCAGCUUCUAAGAGAAUGCUGCAUGGCCUAACUACAGGGAAAUCCAUUCACACCACAGCCUGUGAGUUGUGCAGUGCUCAGCCUGAGAGCUUGAUACAGAGGCCAUGAGCUUUUAUCUUCCCCCAUGGAAACUUCUUCACAAUUACCAUAUCCCUACAGACCUAUUCAGUCUGAUUUUGUUGGCUAUAAGUCCAAUAGCCCUUUGUGUAGUACAGAGCUUUGCCUAUGAAAACAAAGUAAUUUGUUUAAAAUGUUUUCUUAUAAUUCCCAAAUUUGUCUUCCAGCACUUGAAGAAAGGCCAGAUAUUUGCAUUUUAAUGAAGACAAACUCCCACCCCAUAUUUUACCCCAAAGAGGAUUUUAAAACAUAUAAUAAGUUGUUCUGGAGCAAACAAGCACAGCAGCUCCAUUAACUUGUCCCCUACAGCCAAGCAAUUAUGACGCUAAAUUGAACUGUAUUUCCUUCCCCUAAUGAGAUUGGGGACACUGACAUAAUUCAGUACUGUGACUCACUUGUGUAAGAUACCUUUGAUCACCAAGGAUAACGUAAAGAUCAUACUUUGCAGGCUGCCUGUCACACACAGUAUCCAUUUUAAAAAGAAAAAUUGGAUACCUGAUAGCUCUCCAAAAGGAAAAAGUGGAAAACAUCCAUUCAUUAAAAUGCUGACAAUUUAAAAAAUGAACAUUAUAAUGUUCGUAAGCUAAUCUCCACGUGGAAUGAAUUAUCCAAAGGAGCAUAAUCAAAUGAAACCCUUAAAAAUCAAGGGUUUAUAUUUUUAUGCUCUCAUUAGUUUGCACUAAUAUAAUGGACCAAGGCUGUUAUAGGAAAAGACAAACUUCCUGAUAGGCACUUCCAUGCUUGAUGAUGACUGUAGUUAUGCUUUGAUGUCUUGUGCUUUCUUUUUUUACUUAAAGACCUGAUUCUUAAAGAUUUUAGAGCUUAUAUUUUACUUGAAUAAUGGAUAUUUUCCUGUAAAGUGGCUUAUGAGAAGAGAAUUAAUAUUUGACUAGUUAGAAUUAAUUAAAAGGUAAGGGAAAACAGGGUAUUCUUAUUCUUAGUUUAAAUAAUUUAUGUAAAUAGAGCCUAUUUUCAACUAACAUGACCACAGGAGCCUUUUGAGAUUCAUGAUAUUAAACAAAUAAUGAAAUGUUAAGUAGUUAACACAGAACUUGAACAACACUUUUGGUACGAUAGCAUUUUGUGCUCUAAAGUAUGUAAUGAUUUAGAAAUGUGCCAUAUACACACUACAAGAUAACUGUAUGCAUUCUGCUUCUCUGGGAACAUCUUUACACCACAGGGUACAUGGAUUUACAAACAUUUGGUAUCUUCUUUGGAAACUUAUUAACAUGUAUAAAAUCAUAGACAUUCUCUGCAAGACUCAAAAAUUCACUUAAAAAUCUGAUUAUGUACUGAAUGUUCAAUAUAGCUUUAGUUUAUAAGGAUACAAAAAUCUAAGGUUAACAGAGUAGAUUUCUUUGGAGGCAGAUUUUUCAAAACUGAAAAUUGGUAGAUGCAUCAAAUACAAUACUUCACAAAAGGAAAAAUUCCAAAUUUUUAAAAAACAUUAUCCCUUUAAAAUAAUCCCACUAAAAAUAUUCUUACAUAUGACAACAGAUACCCAUGAGACACUGAAAUAUGAUUAUGAUGAACUAUAAAAAUUUUUCUCCAUAGAAUUAUAUUCCUUCUGGUUACAUGGUAUAUAGUAAAUUAGACUCAAUGGCUUUUCCUUCCUUCCUUGCUCCUGGUUUUCCUACUCACGUUUCCUCAGAUUGCCCUAAAACUCUAAGCUCAGUAAGGCUUAUUGUGAAAAAGAACUCAAUGUAAUGGUAUAAUGAAGUUCUCCAUUUCCAAACAUCUCUUAAUGAUUUCAAAAUUUAUCAUGUAACUGAACCAAGACAUACACAUUAAAAACUAAGAAUUUAAAAUUGUCACAGCCAUUUGAGCUUCUCAGGUCUAAAGGGUUUGAGAUCUGUAUCUUUAGUAAAAGUAUUGAGUGAAAUAUAGCCAUUUGGGAGUUCAAUCAUGUGCAUAUUGUAUUGUUUUAUAUACUCAAUAUUUAAUUUACAACUAUCCUUAUUUAUAUUGACCUUAAGAACUCCAUUUCAUACAAUGCAAACUGAGAUAUAUUUUCAGAGAAGUAUAGAAUUAGCAUUCUUUCAGAUCAUUUCCUUUUUCUUUUAUAAUUACUGUAUGGCAAUUUUAUUAUGGAUAACUGAUUAUACAUAUUCAUAUUUCAUUGAUUCUAAGAUAUCUGCUUUUCAAUUUCACAUUUCUAAAAUUGUGAUAUAUCUUGCAAUCACUGGCAUCUUAGAUGCAGUGUUUGAAGUUGUACUUGAAUAAGUAUUACACUAAUUCACCUUUAAAUGUUCACGGGGAUAGGAACAUUCCUUUUCUUAAAAAUAUUUGAGAACCCGUUUAUGAUAACAUGUGAGGCCAAUUUUCAGUAUAACUGAAUCACAUACAACUCAUCAUGGAGCCUGUCUGAUUAUGAGCUCAGAUCCUGCAGACCUUUAGGUUAUAAAAGCUCUUCAUCUUCCUAUGUAUACUUUGUGCUAGUGGCUACGAUUUCAGCAAACCUAACUUAACUGACAAGAAUGGGUGGGUUUCUCCCAGUUUUGCUAACAGAUUUUUAAUCUUUCUAUUCCUUUCUAAAGAAUACUUUCAUAUGAUCAUCUCACUUUUAAACAGAAUUAACUGGAAAAAUAUAUGAAACCAUCACAAUUAGAUUUUGUAGCAUCUUGUAUGUCUUAUGUCAAUGACAGAUGAAAAAUAUGAUACAAGCAAUCAGUACUGUAGGGAAAAAAACUUUCCCUUCAAGUCCUCUCAUUUUUUUUAUACUUCUUUCUCAUUUCUGCCCUUUUGUUUGACUUUUUUCUUUGGCUUUGAUGAAUUUACCUUCAAGCCCAUAUAAUGACUGUCAUAAAACUGCAUAUUUAAGUUAUUUGAAUUAUAUGAAACAAUUGUUCAGCUAUCUGGGCAGCUGUUAAUGAAAUACCUGAGAGUAAUAACACUACUCUUUUAUCUACCUGGCAUACUUCCCUGCAUAAAAUCUACCUUUGUAAGCUAACUGUAUUAAUCAGAUUUCCAACCUCUAUGAUGUAUUUCAGUUAAAAUUAUUUAAUCCAACAAUAUUAAAAAACAAAACAAAAAACUGCAGUUAUCAAGGAUGGAAAAUGUGUGAUUUGUGUAAAGAACAUUUACUAACCUUACACUGUACCACAGAUAAAUGUGAUUUUGAUAAGAAUUCCCCAUAAUGACAAAAUUCAUGGUACAUAAAUUUUAUUAAGAAUGUUGGAUAUGAAAUAUUUUAAUUCUAAAUUAUAAGAAAAUAUAAAUUUGCACAUAAUAUAGAAAUUCAUUUUGUGUAUAUUUAACAUAACUUUAAAACUAUUUUACAUUUACCAGCUACUUCAUUAAAGUUUUUUAAACAUCUGCAAAAAUAAUUUAGAAAUGUUUUUAAAUUAUCAGUAAUAUAACCUUAUUUGUUUCAUUUAACAAGUCCUGUUUUUGUAAAAAAUAAAAUUAAUAUAGAGUGUAUUUUUAAAUUAAAAUAUUUGAAUUUAAAAUAGCUCUUAUGAAACAAAGAAAUUCUCAUUAAACAAGUUUCUUAUUAUUUCUUCUUAUUAUUAUUAUAGUUAAAUUGCCUUAAAUGACACAGAAAAUUGGGGAAUAAGAUAAUUUCAGAAACUAUACUAUGAACAUGUUCAUGUAAUUCUGAUUGACUACUAACUUCUGUUUUAUGUAUUUAUUAAAGAGCUGACACUGUAGUUUGUUGUGAGAUGUUUAUUUUUCUAACAGAGCUUAUAAUAGUUAUGACAAGGCAUUUAAUUAAUGCAUCAUUCUGUUUAAAAGUAGGUAUUAAUCAGUAUGAAAUUUUAUGUUUUAAAAUAAAAAUGUAAAGAUCUAA